ACUACAGGUCGGUGCGGAUCAAACACCUUGCAGUCGGUUUUGAGCCAUUGAGGAAAAGGGGGUCUCAUUCGGAUAUGGUGGAGUAGGAAACAUCGGGCGGCUUGGAAACCACCUGGUUUGGAAUAACCCGAUGGAAAUUGGAGGACAGAGGCCUUGCGACGUCCGAUUCGAGGAGGUUUUCAUGGAGCGUUGAAAUUAUUAUUAUGUGGUGGUUUGCCUUAAUGAUGUUUACAUCUCCGGCUUUCCCAUUCAUCGUGUUUGUGUGUAUGGGCUUAUCUGAGGUGGCCCAUUCUUACGAUGCGGUGCCGUUAUUGAGGAAAUCUCGUGAAGUGCAUCUCAACACGAGCGCUAACGGGUUUCCAGGGCACCGGCUAGGUAUUGUCGCAUUGACACCAGCGCCCACGAUCGCGUCCGCCGGAAAACCGAUAAAUGUCGCCCCACCAGCAGCAGAGAGGGCGCCCACCACCCCAUCUCUGUCUGAUCUCAUCUAUAUGGCCGCAUUUGAUGGGAGAAAGCUAAGCUCUGUUGAUAUGAGAGCAUCGUCUGAUAAUAAAGCAGGGAGAUCAGGCGUAGUUCCCGAUCUUAGCACAACCUCUGAAAAUUCCCAAGAGCUUGUGUGUAACUGCAGUGGUGAAGGCGUGUCGGACCCCGAUGAGUGCGAUCAUGAGACGGGUCAGUGUGACUGUAUGCCGGGUUACACCGGACUGCAGUGCGAGGACUGUGAAGAGGAUCACUUCACCAACGGCACCAUCGGAUGCCUGCCCUGCGGUUGUGACUCCUUUGGCGCCGUCAGCUCACACUGUGACAGCUCAGGUACGUGUGAUUGUAAGACAGGUGUGUAUGGGCCCAAGUGUGAUGACUGCCAUCCUGGAUUCUUCCACUUCAGCAGCACAGGAUGCCAACCGUGCCAAUGCAAUGACCAUUCAACCUACUGCCACCCGCAGUCAGGUGUGUGUUUGGAUUGCCAGGGAAACACUCAGGGCCACAACUGUGAGGAAUGUCUGUCCAAUUUUUACCGUCGCCAUGGCGAUGGUUUAACGGAUGCCUGUACGCCCUGUCCCUGCUCUUCCGACAGCUCCACCGGCAGCUGCCAUCUGGAUUCCAGCAGUCGCCCUGUAUGUGACAAAUGUAAGCCUGGCUUCUCUGGCCUGACAUGCGAUGUAUGCAUGGAUGGCUCUUUUAAAUCAGCAGGCGUAUGUGUGCCCUGUGACUGCAAUGGAAACUCGGACCCUCGAACCAACCCUCAGAUAUGUCAUCCAGAGUCUGGGCACUGCCAUCGCUGCAUCAACAACACAACGGGCACACACUGUGAGAUCUGUGCACCUGGCUACAUAGGGGAUGCCCGGUCCCACAAUUGCACCCAGAGAGCUGUGAGACUCCUUCCAACUCAAGACAUCAAACCAGGCAUCCCGAAAUCCCGAAGUUCAGUUUCUUCAACACCUCCCCUGCACCUCCUCACCUCCUCCUUUACCACCACCACCCAACCCAGCCUACCGACCCUGCAGUCCGGCACGGGAGACUCCGCGGGACACAACAGCACGGCGUCUGCUCUGACCGUGGUGUCGUGGUCACAGUUUAACAUCAUCAUUCUCGCCGUCAUCAUCGUUGUCGUCGUUCUCCUCAUGGGCUUCGUCGGGGGCGUGUAUACGUAUCGAGAGUAUCGCAAUCGGAAACUGAACGCUCCGUUCUGGACCAUUGAGCUGAAGGAAGAUAACAUCAGCUUCAGCAGCUAUCACGACAGCAUUCCUCACGCCGACCCCAAUGGACUUCUAGAGGAGGAGCCUUGCGUGGUCGCGGCCAAUGGGCAGUUAGCUUUAGCCACUGCUGCCAACAUGUACAAAGCGUGAAAAAAUAAGAAGUGUCUAUCAUUAUUUACUCACCACCGGAUAUUGUUUAAAACCAGAACUUUAUUUCUUUAAUAAUAUAAUUUAGUAAGCAGAAAAGAUAUUUAGUUUAAAGGUGCAUUGUGUAACUUUUAGAAGGAUCUCUUGACAGAAAUGCAAUAUUAUAUACUAUAUUAUCAGUGGUGUAUAAAGACCUUGUGUAAUGAACUGUAUUGUUUUAUUACCUUAGAAUCAGCCGUUUUAUCUACAUACACCACAAGGGGUCCCCUUACAUGAAGGUCGCCAUCAUGUUUCUACAGUAGCCCUAAAUGGACAAACUGUCCUAUAUAGCGCAUUUUGUAACGAAAUUGCCGCAGACGAUGACAUGAUUGUCCUGUGGCGGCUACCGUAGCUUCACUAUGUGCUUUGAAAAGGGAAGGGUAAGUUGUGUACUGAGCCGUUGGUUGCAAUUCACAGUCUCACCGCUAGAUGCCGCUAAUAAUCUACACAGUGCACCUUUAAACUUGAACAUUUCUUUUAAUACAAUGAAUGGUGUGCAGAUUCAGACGCUCUUAACACACCCCAUUGACACAGGAAAAUCUGAUAAGAUAAUCAGAUCAACCACAGAGACGAUUGGGACCUUACCUAGGAUUGUUGUUAAGGGGGGAAAUCGGCCCAAAUUCUGUCCGGUUAUCUUGUGGUGUGUACCAGGCUUAAGUUAACUUUGGGCCAGACUUGUAACCGGUAAAAUCGUCUAUAGUCGAUUUAUAGUUCUUUUUUUCCAAAGAACAUGAUAGGAUGUGCUGCCGUCUGUUGAAUGUUAGUCAACGAUCACCAUUCACUCUUAUUUUAUUUAAAAAACAUCAACAUUCUUCAAAAUGCUUCUGCUAAUGCAUGAACUAAGGUUAACAAAUACAAGCUUGUGAAUGUGACAUAUCAUUUUAGGGUGAACUAUCUUUUCAAUUAUAAAAAUUUGUGAACGAAGGAAGCUAUGAGCCAAAGCUAACUUCUUCAUUUAAAGGGAUAGGUCGGCCAAAAAUGAAAAUUACCCGAUGAAAAUGUCCUAGCUCUUCCAAUCUUAAUAAUAAGUGAAUAUGGGUAAUCAAUGCGAUUUUGUAAGAGAAAAAUACAUAUUUAAAACUUUACAAACGAAAAUAACUAGCUUUCGAUAGUAUUUUUCGUAGUGACGUAUGACGAAUGUGCAGCGUUGUUUUGCUCCCUGCUUUGCGUCCCUGCCCUCAACAUAUUCAUCAAGAAUGAGGAGGAGUCUAAAGCCGAAAGUAUACUCGGGACGUCCGCGUAUGCGCGCCGUCCGCAUGACGUCAUUUUCGUCAUCAGGAGGGUGCGCGGACGGCCGCGCGGACCGUCCGCGUGCAGCCCAAAAUUUGAGACCGCGCGGACAGUGCGCGUACAGUCCGCGUACGACAGCGCAUGCGCGUGAAAAUAUUUAGACAGGACACUCCACUAUAAACAAUUAUACAAAGGAAAUAGACAGCAUUUGCACACACACUAUCGUUUUUCUUCUUUAACUUUUACUUCUUCCAAGAAUAGAAAGCUGUGGAGCAUGUUUGUUUGAUUCCUGUUCUUUGUUGUCUUGUUGUUUGUUCUAAACUGUGUUUGCAAUGGUGGAUCAGUUACUUUUCUUCACCUAUCCUAAUGUUUUAAUGUACUCUAAAUGUCACCAAAUCAGUGCUGCCCUGACAGCCUGUUAGACUAAUAAUUUGAAUAAGAAAUCAUUCGUAUUGCGUAUAGUGUCGAACGCGGCCAUCCGCGUGUAGCCGCGGGGACUAUACCCGGAAAGCUGCGCGGACGCGUGUGCGCGCGAGCCGGACGCGGACGCGGAAAAAAAGUAUACCCGGCCCUUAAGAUGGCGCCGUUGUUGGAAGCUAGUUAUUCAUUUAUUAUAAAGAUUGGAAGGAUGGACAUAUGUUACUCGGGUGGCUAUCGGGUAAUUUUCAUUUUUGGCUGAACUAUACCUUUAAAGGAAUACUGCAUCCCAAAAUGUAAUAGCUCAGCUGUUUAAAACCAUUAUGAAUUUAUUCUGUAGUCCGCGAUAAUUUUUUUGCACAUGGUUAAGAGGCGGUUCACAUUUCGCGUUUAAAACCAUGCUGAAAAGCGACCGCUACUUCCCCUCUUUUCUAAAACGCUUUUGACGUGGCAUUCUGAAAACUUGAAAUAUUUUCAACUGGCUGCGGUGCCGGCACACCUGAAAAAAAGAUUUGAGCGUGCUUGCCUCGUGGCUACAUUAAAAAUAACGUAUUUGCACGUGCAAAAGACGGGAAAUGUGAAUCCCCCCUAAGUUCGUUGUUUCAAAUGUAGGCGCAUGGUAUGUGUGAUCAUAAUUUAAACAAUGUGGUCGUGAUGCCCACACGCGCACUCGUUUUUUUUCCAGGCGCGUCCACACCGCAUUGAUUUAAAACAUCUCAACUUUUCAAAAGCCUGCUAGCGCACCGCAGGUCAUGUGACAAAAACCUACGCACCUAAUGCCGAGUUCAGACUGCAUGAUUUUAAAACUAGUCGGGUCACAGAUGUUUUCACACUGCGUGAUUAUCUGGGGAAGCGUUCAGUCACUGCUGUUUCAGACUGCAUGAUGGAUUGGCGACAGGGGUUUUCAUACUACAUGACUUUACCCUAGGAAGAAUCCCGACAACUUUGUCCCGGUCCGCAAACGAUGUCUCACAACCAAACGCACAACAGAAGUGACGCAAAGGAAACAACGCAAGGUCACGCAUGCAAGACCAGAGUUCUCACGUGAGAUUGGUAUUAUUAUUAAAAAUAGUAGCUUACCAUACAAAUUGCAUGUGUGCUCAUUUGCAGCAGAAAGAAGUAGAAAUAAAGAUUAUGAAGGAGGAAAUGUUUGGAGAGACUCCUCCCCGAACUUCCAGCUGCCCUGUAUGUUGCUCUCGCAUUGGCUGUGGGUCAUUUCCGAUGUUAUUUUUUUAGUCAAAACACAUUUCACACGGCAUGAUUUUGAAUCGCCGACAGGUUCAGAUAUCUAUUUGGCAACUCUUCUGCGAUUCUCUCAGAAUGCGUCUUUGAUAAUUCACACUGUGUGAUUGUCACUCGCGUGCAUAAGCAUCGAUUUCCCUGUGAUUUCCGGCAUUUGUCUGCGAUUUCUGUGAGUCAAAAUCAGGUCUAAAAUCGUGCAGUCUGAACUCGGCAUAACAUUUUCCACACGUUUUAGGCGCGACGUGAACGGCCCCUAAUACAGCUUUUUUCUAUACUAUAAAAAGUAUGUAGUAUCAGAGACUGUCACUAUGAGAGAUAUCCAUAAUAUCGUGCUAUUAUGUUCUGGUUUGGAAUGAAACAAGGGUGAGUAAACAAUGACAGAUUUUUCAAUUUUUGGUUGAAGUUUUUUAUUAACCCCACACACUAUUUAUUACGUUUCCAUGUAAGAUAUUUCCUAUACUAUUUCGGAGUGGACUCAGAGGAAAUUCAGGACAAGCCAUUAACAUUAUUUCAUGUUAACUCUCAGAUGCAAACAAUACUAACACGUUUUGUGCUGCACAUCUAACGAGCCAUUGUUUAAGGAGAUAUGACACCUUCACCUUUACUAUUAAGGAACCAUGGGUUGCGAAAGACCAACAUGCCAAGAAAAUGACAACCAUAGAGAUCAUGCAAGGUGUUGGGAUGGAUCUGAUAUAAAGAGCGGACAGUUAGAAUUAAAUGAACCACACAUCCGAGGCAUUGGAAUUUUCAAAUAUCUUCGACAACAGAAUUUCAGUAUCACUUGUUAAGAAUUUGAAAAACCUCCUCAACAAAGGAUCGCUUUGAGAUAAUGUUGGAAGAAACCUACUGCAUGUGGGUCUGUCUUUGACAGAGACUAUUUCAUCCAUUCAUCAAAGUCGGAGCUUUGAAUUUCUCUGGAAUGACAUUUUGAUACAGUUUACCGUUUCUCGCCACGAGAUGAGGAAAUUCCUGUCUUAAGUUGGUAUUCAACCGAGCACGCUACAAGACAGUUGUACCUGGUUAACUGGUAACACAAGCACCUGUUUCAGCCUUAUUGUAUUGUGUGUGUGCGAGUGGGCGGAUAUGCGUUUUUGUGGGUGUGAGAGAGACGUCGAGUGUGAACGCGGUUUCAGUUCUGAUUGUGUAGAGCUGGAUUCUACGCAGGAAUGUACACAAAGACGUCGUGAGCAUGGACUGAAUCUGCUGCAUAGUUUCAUGGAAACCAAUUAAAAAUUUUGACACAAUAUUGUAGACGUGAAAGCCAUGUAAAAUGACAAAGGAGCGUAUUUAGACUUUUCAGAGUUUAGGAGACGUUGUAAAGAAGACAUUGUGAAGUGGAUUAUGUAAGGUAUAAAAAAGACACAUGGUCCCUUUUCUCCAUUUUUCAGCAAGGACUCUUUGAAAUGUGAUUCUGGAUGUGGAUGAUUUGGACAAAGAACUGCUUUUUUAUUCUAAGUUGUUAUGCUAUAUUUAUUAUUUAUCUUCGUGUUUGUCUCUGUGGUCUUAUUUCGUUGCUGUUUUUCCUCAUGCUGCAUUGUACAGUGUACCAUACUGAAUGCAAACCCUGUCGGCUGACCUGUCAGGACGACCUCAAAAACUCUUAUUUUUCCUCUUGUGUUCUUUCUAAUUUAUUUAGUCUGUUAAUGCAUUGCAUUCACUGAUAAAAUGGGAGAAAAUUGUAUUUUCCUUAUUUCAAAGUGAGCAAAUGACAACAAUUAAAGGAUUAUUGAAUCAA